AUCUAAGUCUCUCCUAAGACAGAAUAAGAAACAUAUGUGGGUUUACUUUUUUUGAGAAAAUAUUUUGACUUUAGUUAGAGCAAGGAAUUCGUAUGGUCGCCAAUGCUCCUCCUCCGUCACUCCAUCAUGAUUCAUCAAUCUCCCUAGUUUCAACCGCCUUCUACCACCGUUCUGUUCCGCCGCAGACUAAAUCAAUCUGCCCCACUCCUCUGCCGCUAGUCCAUAUUUGUACUCUUCUGUAAACAAAAGCCCUAAAAGCUACUCGGAUUUGGCGUCCUCAACCAUUCUACACCAUCAUUUUCAUUCAAGUCGAGGUCGGGUCCGGGGAUGUUGCACGACGACAAGAAUCACGGGCAUUGGUCGCUGAUCUCUGCCGUCAUUUCUAUAUGGUCAGUUCAGUUUACGACGCCGGGGCAUCAUCAUCGAUUGGGUUUCCAUCUGGCCGCGAGUUCUUGCUUCUGGCUCGAUUCGACCUCAUUGAUUAUGGAAGCCGAUGCCGUGGAGCUUGAUUUAUGGAAGCCGACGCCGUGGAGCUUGAUUUACCAUCACCAAUGGCAGAACCCUUGUCAUUCAAUCCAGCUGUAAUUAGGGUGGCAUAACCCUUUUCACAUACAACAAAAUGACUAUAUUCACUUUUCAAUUGCCCCUCUUCAAUGGCCAACGCGGGAGCCCAUGACCGAUUCGACCCUGAGACAACUAAUAUGGAAGCACACACCGUACAAAUGGCAAGCUCCCUCUUUUGAUUCGACCCGGAAUCGGUGCCGUCACCGCCUUGACUAUCAUCUUCGGACGAGGAUUCCAUGGAGGAAGAAGUUGUUUCUUCUCACCUUCUUCUUCAGUCGUUCAGUUGGGGGUAAAGAAACGGCCUCAUCUCGGGGACGGCGGCGGAGCGGAAGGUUGGGGAAAACCCUCUUCUCAAUUGGUUGCGGCAACCCCAAAAUGUGAUGAGUUUUAUUUUCUUUUUUGUUUAAUUAAAAAUUCCAUCUCAA